UAGAACCUCUCUUCAUCUAAAUCCGCCCUGGUGGUUUGGCGCAGUUUGCAGUGUGGCCUUUUCCACGUGUUAUCUGCUCAGGACAGUCUUAUCAUUAUGAUUGUGACUUUUGAACAGCUUUAUUUGAACAAAUAUUCACCAAUGACAUGUGGUUCCUAAACAUUCCAUUGCUUUGGAUUUCAAAGUUCAACAAGCUAAGCACAGUUGUCUGAUUUCAGGGAUCUAAGAUAACUGGCAGAAUGAGCUCUUGGAAGAAAAUGGAUAAAGAGGAACUGGAAAAGGAGUACUCUCCCAGUUGCUGGUCACACCGUAUGGACAGAUCUGCGGUAAUAGAAUCUCACAUCAAAGAACUUACCAAAGGCACCAUGAAAGGUCGCAAUGAAGCUCAUACAACGUUAGAUGAAGCCUACGGACAAGGGGAAUGUGAGAAGUUAGACAUAUAUCUCCCUCCAACCCCAUCAACAGCUUCAGCUUUGCUCAUCUACUUUCAUGGGGGAUAUUGGACGAUGCUGAGUAAAGAAUUGUCUGGUUUUAUGGUGCCCCCACUAGUUAAAGCUGGAGUAAUUGUCGUUGCUGUGGACUAUGUACUUGCACCAAAAGGUAACAUGGACUUGAUUGUUUCUCAGGUCCGGCGUAGUGUGGCCUACAUUACACAGCAGUAUUCUGCCGUGAGUGGCGUUUACGUCUGUGGGCAUUCUGCUGGUGCACAUUUAGGUGCUAUGGUGCUGUGCACGGACUGGACAGAGUACAAUGUUACUCCUGAUAUCAAAGGUGCUUUGCUUGUCAGUGGAAUUUACGAUAUCCGUCCAAUUGUCUACACCAGUGUCAAUCAUCCCCUGCAGAUGACUGAGGACGAAGCUGUCCGAAACAGCCCGAUGGAGUUUGCAAAUGCAAUGAAAGGAGUGGCUAAGAACUCUGAGAUUGUGGUUGCUGUGGCUCAGUAUGAUUCAAAUGAAUUUAGGAGACAAUCACAGGAAUAUUACCAGGCUGUUAAGGCUGCUGGAUUCAAUGCAUCUUUUCAAGAUAUAUCAAAUCGUGAUCAUUUCGAUAUUAUAGAGAAACUGGUGGAAGAGAACUAUGUUCUAACACAGGUUCUGUUAAAAAUGAUGACUAGGAAAUGAACAACGAACAACAAAACUUUUAGGUAAUACCUCAACAGUUCCCAAUCAAGUCCAAUGAAGUUCUGAGCUUAUCACCUACUGGUCUCGUCGAAUCAUGAGCAUGCUCAAUAACUCAAAUUAUUUGUUCUCAAAAAUGCGAGUUAUAAAUGAAAUGGUUGUAAUAUUUGGUUAUUUAAACUUAAGCUCUACCCACUCCAAUGAUCAGUCAUGUAUAACACAGGGUGCAAGAGUAACUCAGCAGGUCAGGCAGCAGCUCUGGAGGGAAUGGAUAGGUAACGUUUCAGGUCAGGAUUCUUCUUCAGUCCUUGUUCCAAACAUACAUUGCCACCAUUCCCCAACUUUUUCUCUACUACAUCGACGACUACAUUGGAACGGCCCCCUGCACCCGUGCUUUCAUUGGCUUUAUCAGUCUGAGGAAGGGUCCCAACCCGAACCCUAGUCAUUCCUUCCACAUGCACUAUGUUGCCUGAUCUGCUGAAUUACUCAAACACUUGUGUUUUGCUCAAGAUUGCAGCCUCUGCAGUUCCCUGUGUCUUUAUUAGUUAUGUAAUCUCAGCUUUGAUAUGUAUAGGUAAUCAGACUUGCCCAUUUGAAACCCCGUGCCUUAAACAAAUAGGUUUUAGAGCCCUUUAACUGGGCCUUUUUACACAUCCAAUCAUGCACUCCACCUGCCUAUGCACACAGCAGCAUAACACUUAAUUUUAGUAUAUCCAUUUAUGGCUGUGGGCUUUAGUACGUUCUCAAGAAAUUGUGCGAUUCACAGCUGUUGGCCCACCAAAUGGUCCUUUUUGAUGGGUUUUGAGUAACAUACUACAGGGUUUCAAAUUGCAUUACUCCUUAGGUGUCCUUGUUUUUCAAUGUGUGGCUGGCUGUUUGACGUUUUCUGUCGUUUUUCACUCAUCUAAUACCUGUAGAAAAACUACUUCAGUGAAAAAAGAGACCCACCUUCAGUUCGCAUUUCCAGCAGUUUUCUACCACAAUGUAAUGUGUUUCGUCUGCGGGUGCGACUGCAGAGCAAACAACAGUGGUAAGUUAGUGGUAGAGUUGCUGCCUUACAGCAGCAGAGACCAGAGUUCAAUCCUGUGCGGAGUUUGCUCCUUCUCCCUGCGACCGCGUGGCUUUCCUCUGGGUGCUCCAUUUUCCUCCCACAUGUCAAAAGGGUGGGUUUGUAGGUUAACUGGCCACUGUAUAAUUACCCCAUGUGUGUCGGGAGUGGAUGCAAAAGUGGGAUAACAUAGAACCAGAGUGAAUGGGGGAUCAAAGGUCAGUGUGGACUCAGUGAACAAAAGAGUCUGUUUCCAUGCUGUAUCUGUAAAAUUAAAUUAUUGUUAUCUUCUUGCUGCAGGAAUAAUGCUAGGCAUUCCUACAUCUAGCCAUUUGUAUACAGUAAUGGAAAACGCUUUCAUAUACUGUAUCAAGAAAAGUAUUUUGAUGUUAAAUACGAUACCACUAUUAAACACUAAUUACAGUACAACAUUGCAACCGUACCAUAGUAAUAUGUUUAGUUUAGGGAUACAGCAUAGAAUCAGGCCUUUCGGCUGACCGAGUCCAUGGCAAGCAUCGAUCACUUGUUCACGCUAGUUCUAUGUUAUCCCACUGCAGUAAUUCUCCAGAAACAAUUUUGAAUCGAAUCAAGAAAAUAAAAAGCUCUGUCCAACAUGCAGACUUGCACCCUGGAAGAUAUGUUAAUUUACACACACCACACUGGUAGGAGAUGACCAGACAUGAACCAGGAGUGUUUUUUGAGCUUCCAUUCAAACAGUCACAUAUUUUGAUGAAAUGAAUUCCUCUAAAAUGCCUGAUUUUUGUGAUGCUAUUGUCUGCAAUGCCUUUAUUUAGUAAGUUAUGUUCAUUUUAAUGCAACAUAAGAGGCAAUGAAUGCACCUUGUGUUUCAAUUUUGUGUUAGAAAUUGUAGAGAUAAUUCUUUUAAUAUAGGCGUGUAUUAAUUGAGCGUGGACAAAUAAAAGGAAUUGUUCUGAACCA